GUCUCAUUCGGCGAUUUUCAGUGGAACUGUGUAGACGUUUUAAAAUCGGCAACCAAAAAUCCAUAAAAUAUUCAGUUUAAAAGCAGACCAAACAGGAAAAAAUUUGCACGAUAACAAAAUUUGCGAGUAUUAAACACUUCCGAUUUUAAUUGCAUCUAAGUUUUGUGUUCACGUACGCGAGUAAUUUUCAAAUAUAUACUUCGCGGUUCUCUGGGAAAAGCAAAUUUAAGAAUUAAAAUGGCUGAUGUUGCUGACAAAAAGAACGAAAACCCUGUGGUAGAGAAGGUGGCCGUCGAGGUUGACAACGUAAAAACGGAUAAAGAGGCCGUUGCAGUCGAAGAUGCAGCAGCAGCAGUAGAAACGUCCACCACUACAGAAAAUGGUGCUGCUGCUGAAGAGGAUUCAAGUAGCAGCGCUGACGGUGCCAAGGAAAAUGGGACCGAGACUAGUGCCGAAUCUGCUCCCGCUGCUGAUGAUGCUGUAGAAGCUGAAAAAAAGGCCGAAGUACCAGUAGCUGCGGAGGAACCAGUUGCUGAUGAUAAGACAUCUGAACCCAAAACGGUCAGCGAGGAAGCACCAGCCGGUGUGGAGAAUGGCGCCGAUGAGACAGAGGUAGCCAACGGUGAUUCGAAAGAUAAUACGCCUGCCGCUGAAGCCGUGAAACGAAAGGUCGAUGAGACUACUGCCAAAUCUGAUGAGGUCAUUGCCACACCGGAAAAGAAAGCGAAAUUGGACGAUGCCGCCAGCACGAAGGAUGAUGUUCAAAACGGUACCGAAGCCAGCGAGGUGGCUGCCUAAAGUCGGCGCGUUACUAAAUAUACAAUUUACAUAUACACAUCAAUCAACAUACAAAAUUCACACAAAAUGGGCUCCCACACACACACGCAAACUUGUGUAUGUAUGCAUAUGGGUGUGCGGCGCAUAGUUCUCUUAUAACAGCAAUCUUUCAUAGGAGCAUAGUCUUAAAAAUGUACCGAUUCUCUCUGACUAUACUAACACAAAACAAAAAAAUUCCUUUAUCAUUUAAAA